UGUGAACACAUUCUUCCAGGAAGAAUGUAACCCCAUCCAGACUGGGGUUACACAGAAGCUUCAUAGCCAUCUGUCAGCAUUGCUUUGAUUGUGUUUUCCUGCAUGGCAAGUGGAUGGUCCUUGUGUCCUCUUCUAACUCUAUGAUGGUUUGAUUUAAUGACCUUGGGAAUACAUCUUGAAGCCCAGAACCUGGUCUUCAAAUAAAUGAACCCCCACCCCCUUUUGAGGGGGUUUUGUAUUUAGGUUGUGUGUGAUUUUUUUGGAAGCACUCAUUUGUAAAGCAGGAAGUGUUCUUGCUUUAUAUACAGACUUCAUUUGUGCAGUUUGAUCUAACUUGUGCAGCCCUUCUCAGGACUUAAAGGUCACACGGUGCAAGUGAUGCUUCUUCAGAUUCUUCUCCUUCCUUUGGUUGCUAUGCUACAGGAAACUCUAGGACAGAUGAACAAUGGCCUAGUUGCUAAUAUCUCUGAAAGCCAACAGAAGGAAAUUAUUGACAAUCACAAUAAUAUCAGGAGAAGUGUGUACCCUACUGCUAGCAAUAUGAUGAAAAUGGAAUGGAAUGCAAAAGCUAGCGAACAUGCUAAAAAAUCAGUUGGAAAAUGUCGAGGAACAGUGAGCCCCAAAGAGGAGUUGCUUGUGGAUGGAAUCAUGUGUAAUCAGAUUGUUUUGCAAUCAAAACGUGCCAACUUCUGGAUCGAUGUUAUCCACAUGUGGAAUGAUACAGGAGUUAAUUUCAAGUAUGGCAUUAGUGCAAUUGAUCCAAAGCAUGAUAUUUCUGUCUAUACUCAGCUUGUUUGGCAUAAUUCAUAUCAGAUUGGAUGUGCUUAUGCGUUCUGCCCAAAGAAUGAGUUUAAUUACUUCUUCCUGUGCAAUUACUGUCCUGCAGGCAAUAUAUUAUCACAAUUACUAAGACCCUACAAAGCAGGACCACCAUGUGAAAAUUGCCCUGACAGCUGUGAGGAGAACCUCUGCAUCAGCUCAUGCAAAUAUAUGGACACUAUGAAGGGAUGUGACAUAAUGGUACGACAGUUCCAAGGUUGCAGUUCCAACGUGGUAAAGCGUAAUUGUAAAGCUACCUGCAAUUGUAGAAGAUAAAAACACCCUUAAAAUCAUCUUGAGAUUAUUCAAUUUAAGAAAGAAGAACUUCAAUAUUAAAAGGAAAUAUUAGUCAAAACUUGUAAUUUGACAGCAAUUUACAUUUUAAAAGAACAUUUCCAAAGGUUUUAAAGAGCAUUUUAAAGAUCAGUUGUAUAGAGAAUAAAAGAAAUGUAUCAAUCCAA